ACACGGUAUUAAUCUACGAGUACUAGUAACAGUAAUAUCAUAUAAUAGUCAGUAUUUUCAUAAACUAUAAGGAGAUAGCUUUCUUUUGUAAUCUCCAGUACUAGGCUGUACAAGGUAUAAUUAAAUAAAAUAUUCUCGCGUCCCCCCGGGGAUGAAGACUACAAUUUUAUUGUUUGACUAACGAGCUUGUGUCGUCUUUCGAGCUUUGGUAGGCAUAAGCAGAUCUAAUUUAACGCAAUAAAGUUCCAAAUGUAAAAAAAAAACAAAAUCUAAGUUUGCCUUGGUCGUGUGUGCAUUCGUCGUGGGUGUCGAUGUGCAUUGUAGGAAACAAAACAAAACAAAGGGACGGAUUGGGGAAGGGAAGUUGGUUGAUAAAGCGUACAAGGUAGCGAUGACGGUGUACUAGGACUUGACAAACAAAACAGAUAAUAAGCAUUCAGGGAAGGAGCAAAUAAUAUGUCGCGUGGCGCUCAGCCGAUCGGACAUCCCUGUACGGCACAUAGAUUAAAACAUGGAAGAUGAGGCAGACAUCAGAGAGCAGCUAUUUCACAACACUGUGCGAGAGUACAUAAUAUUUUUGCUGUUGUUCCUGGUGCUGUACAUAUCAAGCUACGCGCUAAUAUCGCGCUUCAGGUGGCGAGCUGGUGAGGACUACCUGGUAGCGGUUGACGAAGAUGAAGCGACGGUCUACAGAAUCAGCCUCCGGCUGUGCGCCUCGGCCCUGGCUGUCUCCAUUGGCGCCACUCUCUUGCUACCUGUCAGCACCGUUAGCAACGAAGUACUCAUUCUCUAUCCCAACAGCUACUACGUUAAGUGGCUUAACAGUUCUCUUAUACAAGGCCUUUGGAAUCUCAUAUUCCUCUUCUCCAACAUGUCGCUGUUCGUAUUUCUUCCGUUCGCCUAUCUCUUCACCGAAUCCGAAGGAUUCGUUGGCUAUAGGAAAGGCGUUAUGGCAAGGGUUUACGAAACAGUUACAGUAUUGUGUUUGCUGGGUGCCAUGGUUCUUGGUAUGACUUACAUCCUCUCGGCAAUCUUGGAUCGCCAAAAAUCUAGCCUUCACACUCUUCUAAACAUCUGGAGUUACUAUUUGCCGUUUCUCUAUUCGUGCGUGUCUUUCGUUGGUGUGGUCAUGCUGCUGCUGUGUACGCCGAUAGGAUUUGUGAGGCUGUUUGCCGUAGUUGGCUCUUUCUUGGUGAAGCCUCAGUUUCUGAAUAAUCUAGAGGAGGAGUUCUGCGCAUAUAGACUGGAGGAAGACUGCAUCAAGCGUAGGCUGGAGCACGCAAAGGCUACCGGCAAAUCUUACGUGUCGCCAGCUCCAAUGUCCCUGCCUGCAGGCAGCGAUAAGUUGACCAGCAACGGUGAAGAGAACUGGCGUCAGACCGAAAGGCGGCCGGACGCUGACGAAGAACCGUUCUGCUUCAAGCCGGGUCUCAUGAGUCUGAAGAAUGGGGCGCUUCAGCGUGGCCUGGCCCAGCGCCUCGAAGACAUACAGCUCAGGCGGCAGUCGCUCGAUGAACAGCGGCGCACCUGGUGGGUGCGUCGUACCCUCCUCUACCCUGUAGCCAUGCUCGGCCUCUUAAUUUUUUCCACGGCUACGGCCUUCCUUGCCGUGCAAAAUACUCUUCAGCUUCUGAUUGGCAUCAAGGCCUUGCCCCUUAGUACCAGACAGUUCACCCUGGGAAUCAAUUCGCUCUACAAGCUUGGCCCCAUUGGUGCCACUAUCGAGGUCACGCUCAUUUUGUAUCUCGCUAUCACCAGUGCAGUUGGUCUCUAUACACUACCCGGCGUUAGCAGGGUCCGUCCACGACUUCAUUCUACUCCGCUCACACACCUCAUCGCCAAUUGUGCCCUGCUGCUCGUCCUCAGCUCGGCUCUACCUCUCAUAUCCAGAAUUAUUGGUCUCACCAAUUUCGAUUUGCUCGGCGACUUUGGUCGUAUCGAGUGGCUUGGUAAUUUUAAACUAGUACUCUUUUACAACGUCAUCUUUGCUGCUGCAACGCUUGGCUGCCUCGUCACCAAAUUCACCGCUACUGUGCGUAAGGAGAUUUACGCCAGACUCCGGAGUGCUAUCCUCUCUAUUUUCAGCAGGCGAAACCGCAGUCGGAAGCCUGCCGCCGUUGGAAACCUCUCUACCAAGGAUGAAUAGACUGAUUCUCGUGAUUGCGAUUUUUUAAUGCCGCGUUUAGAUUUUAUUCGACUAUUACGUGUCAAAUUAGUAAAAUUUUAAGACGCAAACGUGCUCACUUAUCGUAGAAAAAUAUAUAUUUUCCGAUUGUUUUAUUCACAACGUGAAAGUAUGGUGAGCAAAAAAAUUGAUAGAAGAAUAGUUAGUACGGAGUCAUCUAUUUUUAUCGAUAGUACAGUAAUUGCAAAGAAUAUUAUCAUAAGUGAUUUUUUUUCGUCUAUCCAUAAACAAUGAGUGGGGCAAUAAGAUAAAUUCAUAUAUUAAAAUGACUUGAAACAAAAAUUUCAAUGUAUAUGUAAAAAUUGUCAGACAUUGUAAGUUGUGUAAGUAGAUUUUAAUAGUUGUAACACAGAAAAAAAACAAUGAGGAUAUCAGCUAUAGCAAUUUGAAACUUGAAUAUGGCGAUUCAUAGAGGUAGAUGAAAAUGAAUCAAUAGAUGAACUUUUUUAAAUGUUGUGUUACAAUAUCAUGCAUGCUAAAAGAAAGUUAAUCUUUCACAUAAGACUGGAUGUUUUAAGUAAUUUAUGUUGAUAAUUAAAAUUAAACUUAACAAUUUAGUCAUAAUUGUCAUCAUCGUCAACAAUAAAUAUUAAAGAUUAAAAAAUAAUAAAUAAUAAUGAAAUUUGAAACUGAAAAAUCUGAAAUAUGAAGAAUAGGAUUCAUGAGAUUGUUUGCGCUGGUUGGAUCUUUCUUGGUGAAGCCUCAGUUCCUGAAUAAACUGAUGAAUAGUUAUGGAUUAUCAAUUAUUUUUUAUAAACCUGGAGAUUAUUUAUCGACUUAAGCUUGGUAGAAAUUAUUUUAGGGCCUUCUUUGGUUCUUCUUCAUGAUAAUUACGCAGUUUUCAGUACCACUCAUUGUCAGUCGCUUAUUUCGAUGAGCUUAAAGAUCCAUCAACUCGAUUAAAAUAAUUCUGAAGUUUUCUUGAGAAUUGUUUGCUAUUUAGUUAAGAAAACUCGAGUUUAUUCUUUUAUCAGAUACGGCAUCAGCGCAAUUUGCUUUAUCUCAUGUUAUAGCUCUGACUGAUCAUCUUCUAUUAUUAAAACUGCUUCUUUAUAAAUUCCUUUUUCCUUACAAUCGUCAUACUCACGAGCUUUCUCUCAUCUAUCUUCUUUCUUUGGCUUUUGUACUAAUAAUAGUGGCUACGUUAGACAUUGUUGAAACCGGAUUUAUGUUGUUAUUUACCAGAAAUUAAACAAAACAACCUUGUUUUCAUUUGUAAAUAACAAAAAUUAAUUAUAUAGUUUAUUUGUUUUGCAAGUCAACAUGAACGUCUAAAAAGUUGUAGAUAAAAGGUAUGUAAAUACUUUACACAGAAGAAUUCGUAUUUAAAAAAAUACUCAAAUAAAAAAUUUAUUAAACAAUUUAAAAAAUUUAGGCGGUGCAACGUUGGAUGUUUUGGUACGAGUUUCAGAUUCACCUUACAA